UCUCGAUAUUUUAAUUUGGCCACUCUAUUCCAAAUACUGCAGAGUCUUAAGAUAAGAAAGUUAAAUUAUUUAUUUAUUAUUUAGACAACCGUUUGAUAUGAAUAAUCCUUCAAAUAAUCCUUUCUCCACCAAAGGGUCUAAUAGAAUUUUGGAUCUGCGUAAACAUGGCCUCUUCUCGGAUAUAGUCAUCCGCAUUGGGAGCUUCAAAUUUCAAUGCCACAAGAUCGUUUUGGCCUGUGCCUCGCAGUUUUUUGAAAUGCUAUUUCAAAGAGAAGGUUUGCAAACCGGAGAAGUCGUAUUGCAGGACACUACGCCCGAUAUUUUUGAGAUAUUUCUUGACUACAUCUACACAAAAGACGCCGAAGCGUUGGAUUGUCUUGAAACAAUACUACUGCUAUCGCUUUUUAAGUGUGCGAAUAUGUGGCUGGCAUACGAAGUAGAGAAAAUUUGCGAACAAGUUUGUUUAAUUCGAAUUGAUGCAAUGGAGCCUGCGGAAUUGGUACAACUUUUUGCUGUCUCCUUUCAUCUGGGAAAUGAAUAUUUGUAUUCGCGCAUUAUUGGGAUUUUACAUAAGAAAAGAAGUAUUGACUGCCCGGAAGCCUUAAAAUUGGGAAUCGACUGCUUCAUGAAGUAUUUUGAGAUGACUGGUGAGAUGACUGUAGCGGACCGUUUUGAUAUGCUGGAGAAAUGGGUAAACAAAAAUAUGCCCGAAGUGACUGGAGUUGUUGUGUUCUCAGUGCAUGGAAAAAGCAACCCAAAAAUUGAAGACUUUCUAUCCGUCACAGAUUUUGAUAAGAUUACUGUUAUGUUGAAUGAUAUUGACUUAAUGGAAAUGUCAUUUCAUGAAUUUUACUGCCAAGCUGCAAAGUCAAAUAUGUUGAAUCAUUCAGACCAAAUAGAAUUAAUGUAUCAAAUUGGUAAGAAAUGUAUGUAUGAUUGACUUUUUGGCAUUUAGCUUCAUAACAAACCUUAAAUUAAAACUAAUAAGGGACAGGAAAUUAUUUUGAAUAAACGAAAGUCCCUGUAAUGAUAAAAAAUAUAUUUAAAAUCCUAAGUCUCUGGAAAGUUUAUAACCUGGUUAAAUAUAUUCUAGGGCAUACACGAAAUAAAAGUCGCCCAAGUGGUAUGAAACUUAAACAA